AUGACUAUGAGCAAGCAGGACCAACAUGAAAAUGCCUUCGAAUCCAUGGUUUUCAUUGGCGCCGGCAUGAUGAGAACUGGUACGCGUAGUCUACAGGCUGCGUUAGAGAAACUCUACGAUGGACCCUGUUAUCAUACCUUUGAUUCGAUGCUGCAUACGCCACAGGAUCUCCAAUUUUGGGUAGAAAGCCUUGAGGACAUGGAGCGUGGUGUUUCGCAGACUGAUCCGGCGUACUGGGAUCGCCUGUUGCAUGGCUAUCAAGGAACAACGGAUUUUCCCGGAUCUGUUAUCCUGACAACACGGGACCCCGACGCAUGGGUCACAAGCAUGAGGGCAACAGUAUUCCCUCUGGACUUCUACAGAAACCAUGGCGUCUGUCUAAAUUUCGUUAUGUGGCUCAAAGGCAUCACCGGAAUCUUGGAGAUUGUGGACAAGGGCCUACGUCUUUCGUUAAGACGCAACAGAGACGAACUGAUGGAUGAUACUCAGCUACGGCAGGCAUUCCUCGAGUGGACAGAGUACGUUAAAACGACUGUACCACCCGAACGCCUGCUUGUAUUCAGUGCCCAGGAGGGCUGGACGCCAUUGUGUCGUUUCCUCAACAGACCAAUUCCAGACUGCACGUUCCCACACAUUAAUUCUAGAAAGGAGAUGAAAUCGUACAUGGGGUUUGAUAGACCGCUGAUCUUCGCUUUCAAGUUUGUUCUCCCUGCUGCUCUCUGCGCCUGGUUAGGUUACGUGGCAGCACGACGGAUCACCGGACAGAGUUCCCUGAGCCAGAUGAUGUCCCUUCUAAAAACAUCCAUCUUGGGGCUGUACUAG